UCUUAUUUCUUGGCAUAAGCAAAAAACCAAUGGAAAAGCUAAAUGUCAUCUCGUGCUUCCUCGUGUUGUUAUUUUUCACUAGUUUUUGUCAGGGAGCUCCAAAGCGGUGGUGUGUGGUAGAUGAAUGGGCAAGUGAUGUCACAUUAGCAGCAUUUUUAGACAGAACAUGUAAACGUGGCCACUGCGUGGAUUUACAACCUGGAAAACCUUGUUACUUGCCUUUAACAAUUCGUAGCCAUGCUUCCUAUGUUCUCAACCUCCUCUAUAGGACAAAAACCAGAAAAUGUCCUCCUCAUUUGGGCAUCCUUAAAUCAGUUGAUCCCUCUUAUGGUGAUUGCAAGUAUCCAUAAAUGGAGUUGCUCAACAAGAGAGUUCUUACAAUUAGAGGAUGCAAUUAAGUGCUCUUUUCUAAUUACAGUAAUGGUAAUUAUGAAGCAUUGUUGAAGAAAAAAUGAUUGCUUCUUAGAUCGUCUAUCAACCAUUUUAGCAAAUGUGCAAUAGAUGUUCCUCUAUUUUGGUUUCUGUAUGGAAUAUAUUUCAGAUAAUAUAGCAGCCUCUUGAU